AUGCCGGAAAAUUUUACCACAAAUACACCAACAACAACGGCUGAUCUCACUUCAAUGCUGGAUCAUGAGGAGCGUAUCAAUAGCUUGGAGAUUCGUAUGGCACAUAUAACAGGAGCAUUGGCGCAUGCGCUUGAUGAGAUUCAUCGUCUCAAGUCUGGUCAGCCAUUGAUUGUGCCACAAACCACCAUGGUUUCUUCUAAGCAGCCUGCAAAGAAACUCUCCAAGUUCUCGAAAUGGUAUCAGGAUUUGUUAAAGCUCAAUCAGACAGUAGUGGCAUUUCUUCAUUUCAUUGAAACUCCUGCAAAUAGAUUGAUCGAUCUUGAUGGCACAGCAGUUAAAGGAUUGAUACAGCAAUUAGAAGAUAGAGUUAAUAGCGCUACUAUUAAAAAAUCAGACGGCUUGCUUGAUAGGAAAGUACCUCUUCCAGAAUCAUCUCAUUUAGAAAAAGAGUUUGAAUUAGCCAUCAAAUUUGCUAUUGAGAAUCAACAGCAGUUGAUGAAUAGAGCCGAUCGACUGUUUGCCAAAAUAUAUACCAUCCUUACUGGUCCUCGCCAUCGCUCACCAAAAGUCAAUAGAUUAAAUUCCCAAGAUUUGGAUUUGGAUCAAAAUGAUAGUAUUACCGAUUCAGACAGUCAGAUUGGUCAAGAUCAUGCAAUGGUCAACCCUACAUUGCCACUUGAGAUACUACAGAAUGCGCUUAGUUUACCAAUGAUUGGUAAUAAAAUUCAUCUGGAAUACAUUUACUUUGCUAGUACUACAGGAAUCAAAAAACGUAGUAAAAGCAAAAUUCGUAGCCAAUCACGUUUAAAACGAGCAGCGCCAACUGUUUUAAACAAUACUACAACUAAUGCGACUACAAUAACUGAAGUACAGGCACUUCAAUGUGCACAGGCUAAUACUCAAUUCAAACCAAUGGAUGCUCAAAAUUCAGUACACUUUGCGACUGGAUUGUUGCCUUUGGAACCCAAUCAACAACAGCAAUUACUUUUACAACCACAACACCAGCAAUCGCAGUCUCAAAAUCAAACUAAUACUACAACUUUAAGAAAAAAGCGUUGA